ACACACCAACACCGCAGCAAGACACGGAAUACCCCUCUUCUCCUCUCUCUUCUUCUCUCGGCAUAAGUCAGUACAGGGGUCCAUAUUCUCCAAGAAGCUGCACUAACGGAGAAUGUGGUCAUCACCCUGUUCUGGAAUCUCCACUGCAUUCGAUCUUCUUCUCGUUCGGUUUUCCACCUUCUAAAACAAGAUAAUCUUAUUUUGAGCUUAAAUCUCAACUAUGGACAAGCACCCAGGCUCCAACACGAUCAACCCCGCAUCCUACCAUGGGAAUCCGGCCGCACGGUGUUCGGACCGAGGAGUCGGCGGUCCGUGUCCGCACAGCCUGGGCUCAGAGGCAGGCACCGCAGGCAGCCGUGGUGGGGUGUCCGGGGACAGCGCGUCCACUACGCAUCAAACCCACAAGCGGCGCCUGGAGGGGGUCCUCAAUAAAUACACCAACCUGCUACAGGGAUGGCAGAACAGGUAUUUUGUGUUGGAUCCGGACAUGGGUCAGCUGCAGUACUUUGUGAAUGAGCACAGUAAGAAUCAGAAGCCUCGGGGAUCUCUGCCCCUCAUAGGGGCCUCUGUGGCCCUCAGCGAUGAACUACCACACAUGUUCACGGUCCACUCUGCCACUGGAGAGGCCUACAAACUCAGAGCUUCGGACGCUGAGGAACAGCAGCUGUGGAUGAGUCAGAUGCAGCUCUGUGCCCGGCGCCACUCUGACUCCAGUGCCAAGGGCCGGACACUCAGCUUCUCCGUGCUCCCUCCUCCACUCAGCCACCGCCACCCUGCCCCGCCCGUCGCCUCCUCCUUCACCUCCUCCUCACCUGGUACCCAGAGAAAACCUCUCUACCCUGGGGUUGGAGGGGUCGUCACCAUCACCCAUCACAGAUCCCCUGCUGCGGCCCGCCGGGCCAGGACCCAGAACAACCAGAACUACCACCCUGCUCCAGGGAGGCUGAGCCAGGUCAAAGAGGUGAUGACCCAGGCAGAGGGCCAACAGAAGAACCUGGUUAACUCCAUAGAGUCCCUGCCCUCCCGUGGUCCUCUGUCCUCCUUAGACCAGGACCUUCUUCUCCUCAAGGCCACGUCAGCAGCUACCCUCUCCUGUCUGGGGGAGUGUCUCCACAUGCUGCAACACAAUGUCAGCCAGGUACGUCAGCAGCUACCCUCUCAUGUCUGGGGGAGUGUCUCCACAUGCUGUCAGCCAGGUACAUCAGCAGCUACCCUCCCCUGUCUGGGGGAGUGUCUCCACAUGCUGCAACACAAUGUCAGCCAGGUACGUCAGCAGCUACCCUCUCCUGUCUGGGGGAGUGUCUCCACAUGCUCUCAGCCAGGUACAUCAGCAGCUACCCUCUCCUGUCUGGGGGAGUGUCUCCACAUGCUGUCAGCCAGGCACGUCAGCAGCUACCCUCUCCUGUCUGGGGGAGUGUCUCCACAUGCUGUGGCACGAUGUCAGCCAGGCACGUCAGCAGCUACCCUCUCCUGUCUGGGGGAGUGUCUCCACAUGCUGCAACACAAUGUCAGCCAGGUACGUCAGCAGCUACCCUCUCCUGUCUGGGGGAGUGUCUCCACAUGCUGUCAGCCAGGUACAUCAGCAGCUACCCUCCCCUGUCUGGGGGAGUGUCUCCACAUGCUGCAACACAAUGUCAGCCAGGUACGUCAGCAGCUACCCUCUCCUGUCUGGGGGAGUGUCUCCACAUGCUGUCAGCCAGGUACAUCAGCAGCUACCCUCUCCUGUCUGGGGGAGUGUCUCCACAUGCUGUCAGCCAGGCACGUCAGCAGCUACCCUCUCCUGUCUGGGGGAGUGUCUCCACAUGCUGUGGCACGAUGUCAGCCAGGCACGUCAGCAGCUACCCUCUCCUGUCUGGGGGAGUGUCUCCACAUGCUGUGGCACGAUGUCAGCCAGGCACGUCAACAGCUACCCUCUUCUGUCUGGGGGAGUGUCUCCACAUGCUGUCAGCCAGGUACGUCAGCAGCUACCCUCUCCUGUCUGGGGGAGUGUCUCCACAUGCUGUGGCACGAUGUCAGCCAGGUACGUCAGCAGCUACCCUCUCCUGUCUGGGGGAGUGUCUCCACAUGCUGUGGCACGAUGUCAGCCAGGCACGUCAGCAGCUACCCUCUCCUGUCUGGGGGAGUGUCUCCACAUGCUGUGGCACGAUGUCAGCCAGGCACGUCAGCAGCUACCCUCUCCUGUCUGGGGGAGUGUCUCCACAUGCUGUCAGCCAGGUACGUCAGCAGCUACCCUCUCCUGUCUGGGGGAGUGUCUCCACAUGCUGCAACACAAUGUCAGCCAGGCCGCGCAGCAUGUCACCCUGGGUCGGUCAGACAGCCAGGACCGGAGUCCCAUCCACAAACAGACACGUUCAGCCAGAGUAACAGCAACAUCUCCAGUCAGACUCACAACCACAACCAGUUCAAGAAGCAGAUGAGCCUGGAUCCCAACCAUGUUCGCACCGCACCAUCAGACAGCUUCGCAGGAUGGUCUAGAUCUCCCUCAGAGAAGCAGGUGACCAGUAGAGGAGGGACACCUCUUCCACAUGUUCCCUCUCCAGCACACAUCAACAAGGAGGUGGUCAGCAACUCUGUGCCCCAGCAGGCCCCUCCCACCCCAGAGUCUAUAGACCCCAGUGAAGAGAUGACAGACACAGAGGACAACGAGGAAGAGGACCUGGGAGUCAGAGAGGACCAACGGAACAUUAUCCUUCACCUGCUGUCACAGCUCAAACUGGGCAUGGACCUCACACGGGUAAGAACUAACACCUGACCAAUACCGAUCUACUGGGUAGACCCCUUUCUGUGUUUACAACCAUUGACUUACAG